AUGUCUUAUAUUUUACAGGAAUAAGACAAAAUGGAAGCCGGGCUGGAGUCCCUCGGUGCCGAUGGUGCCACAAGUGUAAUGCACGCUUUAAGUCAGCCCGCGAGCAAUUACGGAAAUUCCGCGGACGUUGAAGCAUUAUGGUGUUUAGCCGCGGUCAAGUUUUCUGAACUACACUUCGACAUUAUCGCCAGCGUUGAUGCGAAGCUGCUCCGAUUAACGCCCUACGACGAUAUCAUUGCUGAGCAUUUUCGCAGCUGGUUCCCGAAGCUGAACGUGGUGAAGUUGAGGGUUCAGGAGCUGCAUGACAUGGAGGAGAAGCGGAAAUGGAAUCGUUUCUGCGAAGCUUACAAGUUUUACGCCGACUUCAAUUUUUGCACCUUGCUUCGCGUGGAUGCGACGCAAGGUUACACAGAAGAGAACACGGUUCUCGUUCCCAGGAUCCAGUUCUAUGCCAUUGAGAUAGAACGGAACCGAACGGGUGCCAAUGACGUCGUCCGACACCGUGAAGGCAUGUGUAUAAGUUGUUCUUCGUUGCAGGAAACAGAAGCUUCAGAGAAAGGCGACGGUUAAGAAGUGUCUUUUGGUGUGUUUUGCUAUGAUUUUUACCUUGUUUUCCCGAAAAUUUCCAUGCAUGUUUUCAUCAGAGCGUAAUCAGGACUUCUUUUCAAUUUUUUUUAUCAUGUUCGUAUAAAAACAAUGUAUCGAUCUUGAAGAGGCAGUAAGGUAAUUCUGGGUGAUGAAUGAAGGUAGUUUUAACUCUCUUAGAGUUACAAGUGGAAUACCUCUGGAAAUCCUGUUUUCAUCGCUAUUUUUUCUUCAUUAGCAUAGACUUUUUAUUUCUGAGAAACUUGAAUUUGAUACACUGUUCGUCGAUGAAUACAUCGGCAAAAACCGAAUUUCCUUUUUAAAACACAAAUUGGAUUGCUAUUUAAUUUUCUGCAUUCCUGUGGGUGAUGAAUGUGCAGGUACAGUAUAAGAAUUUGAGGUACACUCGAUGUCUGAAUCUCGGUCAUCGGGGAAAAAAUUCAAUUAGUGUAUGUGCUAGACUAUAACGGGAAGUUCAUUUAUUGUUCGUUGUCAUAGCAUGAUCUAAAUAUUUUAUUCUUCUUGGUGGUAAAAUCUUAACUUGGGCUGAACCAUCCGUAUGAGAACAUUUUAAUGAUUUCGAGGGGUCCUCUUUUUUUCGGGUAGGACUUGAAUGGUGCACGUGAUUGAAUUGUUGAACGAAGCCUGCUGAGGCGUAUAUUUUGACAGAGUGAGAUUUUCGGGGAAAUUCGGUAUUUUUAAGUUGAAUGCGGUUUUUCGUUUUAUUCAUGUACGUUCGUCAACGUUACUUGGUUCAUUAGUUCUUCCAGAAAACAAUGGAAGUUGAUACGAACGAUGCAGUGCGUGUUUUGGUUCAGUUCAAAUCGGAGGCUGGGGAACCCACGGGGGCACCUUUUGACCUUCCGUUGAACAUAACGGUUGAUAAAUUGAAUCUCCUUUGCUGCGCAUUUUUACAGAAGGAGGAAGUUGUACCUUACAGUUUCUUUGUGGACGAUGAAGAGAUCGUGACGAGUUUGCACAAGGCUCUCUCGGGGAAAGACUUGGAUCAUGAGAAGGUUUUGGACAUAAUUUAUCAGCCGCAAGCCAUAUUCAGAGUUAGAGCUGUUACACGUUGCAGCAGUUCUUUACCAGGCCAUGCUGAAGCUGUAGUAUCGGCCUCAUUUAGUCCCGAAGGACGAUUCCUAGCAUCAGGUUCUGGAGACACCACAGUGAGAUUCUGGGAUGUUGAUACAGAACUCCCGUUGCACGUCGGAAGAGGACAUCAAAAUUGGGUUUUGUGUAUCGCAUGGUCUCCGAAUGGCAAGAAGUUGGCUUCUGGAGAUAAAUCGGGGAAGGUGAUUUUGUGGGAUGCGGAAACUGGAAAUGCAAUCGGGAAGCCGUUGAACGCGCAUGAUAAAUGGAUCACCUGCAUUGUAUGGGAACCACUGCUGACGAAUGCAGAAUGUCGAAGAUUCGCUACCAGCAGUAAAGACACGCGAAUAAAGAUAUGGGAUGCGGUUCUGCGCCAGGUUCUUCUGACAUUGACUGGACAUACUGGUGGAAUUUCAAGUUUACGCUGGGGCGGAACCGGUUUGAUUUAUUCUGGCUCUCAGGACAAAACAGUGAAAGUUUGGAGAGCGUCGGAUGGGGUGAUGUGUCGGACAUUAGAAGGACACGCACAUUGGGUGAACACGUUGGCACUGAACACCGAUUAUGUAUUACGCACUGGCCCGUUCGAUCCUGCAAAAGCAGAAUUGGUUUAUCGAGAACUGAAGGGAUCAGCUUCAGAAAUUGCGGAAAGGGCGAAGAAGAGAUACGACGAUAUGAUCACCGCACUUGGAGGUGGCGGAGAACGAUUGGUAUCAGGUUCAGAUGAUUUUACACUUAUUCUCUGGGAACCUGAAAACUCUAAGAAAAUGAUCGGAAGGCUAACUGGACACGUUCAAUUAGUCAACGACAUCAAAUUUUCCCCGGAUGGCCGACUAAUGGCCUCUGCAUCAUUUGAUAAAUCGAUCAAGAUUUGGGAUGGAAGGACUGGCAAAUUCUUGUCAACAUUGAGAGGACAUGUUCAAGCUGUACAUCAAAUUGCGUGGUCUGCGGAUUCCCGGCUCCUGGUUAGUGGCAGUGCAGAUUCAACGUUGAAGGUGUGGGCCGCAUACCAAAUCGCGAAAACGAAUUUUAAUAAAGAAGGGGGUCGUGGAUUGUUGUACGACCUUCCUGGGCACGCUGACUCGGUUUAUGCUGUGGACUGGGCGCCCGACGGUCAACGGGUCGUGUCCGGGGGCAAGGAUAAAGUGUUGAAAAUUUGGCGAAGAUGAGCUGAAUGUUCCUUCGCGUUGCGACUUUGAAGUUUGAAAACACGACUUCAUUGGUGAAAUGUU